CAACUGUCAGAAGUGUCAAAUCAAUUGAAGAGUACAUAAUGUGUCAGUAAUGUUUGAAAUAAUAAGUUUGUAUUUAUGAUAAAAAACAAUAAUUAAAAGCAAUGUCUCAAGAUACAGUUCCCUCCUUAAGCCAAUACUUCGGUGCAACUGGAAACAAAGAGGACCAAAUUGAUUUUUCCCAGGAACUCAUUGACACUACAGGACAAAUUAGUAAUUUAAAUAUAGAGGACAAUCAGAAAACUACUAAUAAAAAUGAACCAGAAGUAUGUAGAAUAUUUUCAGAAACUCCCAUGCAGUCAAAAGAUCCCACAGAAGCAUUUUUUGAUUUGAUUGGUAAUACCAGUCAAAUGACUGGUGCAAAUAAAGUUAUUUCAGAUUUGGGUCUACCUGCAAGUAAUGAGGAAACUUAUAGUAGUUCAAGACUUAUGGUAGGAACUGAAACGGACAGACGCAGAGAUGCUUGGAUUCCAUGUGAAAAGACCAGGCAGUGUUUAAUAGCAGCUGCAACUGCUACUCCUGGUACAUACUUUCCACAAAGAGAGUUGUUGACUAUGCCAGGAGUACUUCUAGAAGAAGAAUUGGGAGAUGCUGUAGGGGAAGCUGUUUCCAUGUGCCUUGGAGAAGCAGAAGCUGCUCAAAGAAGAGUAUUAGGUGCUGGUGAUGUAACACAAGAUGAACGGGGCCUUAGGGAGUUGGUACAAGCUGGAGCAUACAGAGCAGCAAUUAACUUGACUGCCAGACUUCUAACAAUUUAUGGUCAAGGUAGAGGAAGGUCCGGCCAUCCCAGCAAACAUUCUCCACAUUCCUUACAACUUUGGUUUACAAGAAUAGCAUUGUUGAUAAAAACAAAGCUGUUUAAUAUUGCCAGUGCAGAAGCAGAGCCUUUUGGUAAUCUAGAUAAGCCAGAUAUGUAUUUUCAGUUUUAUCCAGAUAUGUAUGGUGGACGACCAGGUUCAAUGGCAUCAUUUUCAUUCCGUCUAUUACUCGCCGAACUUCCUACGCAUUGUGGAAAACCUAAAGAAUCCAUAACGAGACUAUUCAACCUUCUCGCCACGAUUCGUCAAAUUCUCUCCAAUCUCAAACGCGGGCAAUGUGAAGAUGGAAAUCCCAUGGAAUUAUCUGAAACGGAUAGGAGUGAUUCUUUACGACUUUGGAUGGGCAGAGAAGUCAGAGUUAUGCAUUCCAUAAUCAAUUCGGCUCUCGCUGUCAGGGAUUAUGAGUUGGCCAUGGAUUUAUUGGGACAACUGUGUGAAAGAGAUGGCGCCCCAAGACAUGCUCUUCUAUCCGCAUUAGGUCGACUGCAUUUGCAAAUGGGUAACGUUUCUGGCGCAGAAGUUUGUUUUAAAGAAGCAACAGAAACGAAGAAUGGCCCUGCUGGAGUAAGAGAAUUGGUCGACAAAGGUCUGCUGUCUAUUGCACAGAGUGCGUUUGAUGAGGCGUACGUCUACUUUCAGGAAGCUAGUCAUUUGGAACCGUCUAAUAUAAUGAUUUUAAACAAUAUGGGUGUGUGCCUACUAUAUGGUGGACAUCUGAAAGAAGCUAUUCAAGUACUGGAAUCAGCGCUCUCAUCGAAUCCCGUUCAUGCCUUAAACGAGUCCUUGCUCUUAAAUUUGUGUACCUUAUACGAUAUGGAAUCCACUAAAGGAAGGAUGAAAAAAUUUGCCCUUUUACGGCAAAUCUCAAGGUAUCAAGCUGACGCUCCGACCAUGAUUUUGGAAAAAUUGUAUGGUUGAUGUUAGAUCGCUAACACUAGUCGGUGUCUUUUCUGUGAUUGUUUUAAAGUAAUGGCAUACGCGCAAUAUUAUAUAGAAUGCAUUUACAAUGUGUGAUUGCACUUUAUUUACGUUGAUUUUGUGUAUCAGAUUUUUACUGCUAAAUCCGUUUUACGUCAUCAUCUAAUUCGUUAUAAUUGGAUUCUCGAGUUUGAUUAAUACUUUCAGUAAUGAUGAACAAACUUCUUGUUUAAAUUAUAAUAGAUAUUUUAAUUUCACUUCAUGAAAUAUAUAUACAUAAAAAAAUAUUAAAAACUUUUGUUUGUCGGUCUAGUAUAAAUAAAACACUUAAUUAUUGCUUAAACGUGGGGCUAUUUUCUAGAUUAUGCUUAGCGAAGGCUUUAAUUUAUUGGUUUGUAGAGUUUGUACACUAUGUUUGUGUGCAACAAUCCUCCUAUGUAGUUAUUAGUAUGUUUGUCCAAUAUAUGUUGAGUUAUAAUGUUUAAAAUUUAUUUUAUUAACAACAUCCGACUGAUCUUUAGUAACAUUGCGUUGUGAGGUUUGUUGCACACAAAUAAAGUGUACAAACCAACAAAUUCAACACUACAGCCUUGGCUUAGCAUUCUCUAGAAAAUAGACAUUCUUUUGAUUUUAAUCAUUAACAUAAAGUAAUUAAAAAAGUUUCUAAGAGAGAAAUCAUACGAUUUCUACCUGGUGAAAUCGAAUUCAAAUUUUUACCACUGUGCUAUCUAAAACUUGCAAAGCUAACAGCUUGAUAAUGUACUCAGCAAGAGAAUCUAAAAUUGCAUUCCACAUGCCGUUCAUCAUGGUCAAAAUUCGUAGUGAAUUCAAAAAAAGUUUCUAUGGAAUUUCCUCCGAUGAGAAAAUAACAAACAAUAAAAAAUAAUUAUAUAAAUUCAAAAUAUAUGAAAAUUAUUAGGUGUUUUAUUAAUUUAAAUUUUAUAAUUGAAAUAUAAACGUAAAAAAUGAAACAAGUUACAAGUUAGGCUUAAUCG